AGACGCAGCCGGCGGCAGUCUUCGUACGAGCGUCGUUAGAUAUAAACGUGUAAUAAGUUAAAUAAUUUCUAUUCUAAUUCUAUUAUCGCGAUACUUAUUACUAUGACAUAAAACAUACAUGUGUUUAAAAGUGAAUUGUGAAGUUAGUGCUAAAGUGUAAAAAUAUUUAAUUAAUAGCAGUAACUAGUGUAAUGGUAAACCGAUGUGGAAUACUACGGCCACAGCUUAACAGACUAAAUCGUCAUCACUAAUGUGCGGUGGGGGAACGCGGAUGUUGCGAAGAUGCGCGAGGAGGAGCUGGAGGUGGCGCUUAAGGUGGUGAUAGUGGGAGACGGCGGGGUCGGCAAGUCCAGCAUGAUCCAACGUUACUGCCGCGGGACCUUCACGCGAGAUUACAAGAAGACCAUCGGCGUUGAUUUCCUUGAACGACAGAUCGAUAUCGAUGGCGAGGAGGUCCGGUUGAUGUUGUGGGACACGGCCGGGCAAGAGGAGUUCGACGCGAUUACCAAAGCAUACUAUCGAGGCGCGCACGCCUGCGUCCUCGCCUUCUCCACUACCGACCGAGACUCCUUCCUCGCACUGCAUUCAUGGAAACUAAAGGUGGAGAAUGAAUGCGGAGAGAUUCCUACAAUAAUAGUCCAGAACAAAAUUGACCUCAUGGAUCAAUGCGUCGUGGGACCCGAUGAGGCGGAGUUAGUAGCGCGUGCGCUGGGCUGCCGACUUAUGCGGGCGUCGGUGAAGGAGGACGUGAACGUAGGGGCCGUGUUCCGAGCGCUCGCCGCGCGCUGUCUCGCAGACUCGCGCCGCGAGCACGCCGAGACGCCACCCGUCUGCGUUGCGCCCGUUAUAGGAACAUUUACGAAUCAUAACAGCAACGGCACGAUCCUCCUGCGGCCGACUAAACACCGGCCUGGUGGUAAGAAGAAGAAUGUGCUCAAGAGCGCGUGUCGGAUACUGUAAAAAAAAAUAACAAACACAGUUUUAAAUAUAGUUAAUAUAAAUAAAUCCGUCUUUAUUAAGGAAAAACGAAUUUGUAUAUAAGAUAUCAAACUAGACAUACUUUUUAAAAAAUAAAUAAUUAAA